AUGACACAGAACGAACAGGACGCUGCUAUAGAAAGGUUUAGAUCUGGUGAAACCAAGUUUCUGGUAGCUACUAGUGUAGCCGAAGAAGGAAUGGACAUUCCAGAUUGUAAUAUAGUGAUACGAUACAAUCAUGUGGGCAAUGAAAUAACUACUGUUCAAACUAGAGGCAGAAGUCGAAAAAGAGGUGGGACAUCGCUUCUGUUAGGAGUUGAAGAGGUAUUACAAAGGGAAAUUUUAAACAUUGGAAGAUCUAAAAUGAUGGAUGAUGCCAUUCUCCAGUUCAGACGGAUGUCUUUGCCCAAGGUGAAGAAACAGAUCAAGGAUCACCAAGAGAAGAUAAUCCAAGAUGAAGAGCUGAAAGAAGAGGUCAGUAAAGGAAAUCAAAAAAACAAAAUUAACAGCCAUUUUCAACUACUGUGUUUUAAAUGUAAGGAAUUAACGAUUAACAACGAGUUCAUCAAAACCAUCAAUAAAACCCAUCACGUCGUUACUGACCCAGAAUUUAGGUCAAAAUUAUACUUGAGGUCAGACCAAUCACCACGGAAUCCAUUUGAUGGAAUCCAAAUUACUGGUAAAAUAUAUUGUAAGGAAUGCAAUAAUCACCUGGGCGUCAUGUUUCGGUACAAGGGUAUUAUGUUCCCAUCGAUUAGAAUGGAGGGUUUUCAAAUUGUAACAUCUACCGGUCAACCAAUGAUGCGUAAGAAGUGGAAAGAUUUGCCCUUCAUGGUGAAGGAAAUGAGUCAUGAGGACUAUCUGGGGAUGAUUUCUAGUAGAAGAGAGACACGGAAUCCUGAGCGGAGAGAUAAUGAUGUUAUUGUACCGACCUGCCAAGAUAAUCAAUUUGAAGAAGACAUGGAUGAAACGUAG